AUGAAAAUAGAGCGUCAAGACACUUUUAUGAGAGAUGCCAUACCAGCAAGGGUAAAGUUAGAAGUAACCCUGUGUUUUCUAAGCUCAAGGAUAACAUACAGGCUGUUAGCAAUAUUUUUCAGGAUUUCAAUAUCCUCCAUAUCAAAAUUUAUACCAGAAGUUUGUGACGUUAUGUAUGAAGCUUUGGGCGAAUAUUUGCAGGUACCAAACACAAGGGAAUGGGAAGACAUACAAGUAGGAUUUCACCACAGGUGGAAUUUUCCAGGAUGUUUUGGAGCCAUCGACGGCAAACAUGUGGUAAUUCAAGUUCCUCCCAAUUCUGGUAGAACAAACAGCUUGGUGCUCUUAGCAGUCGUGGAUCAUGACUACUGUUUUAAAUAUGUGGACAUAGGCUCAUAUGGGCGAAAUUCCGACGGUGGUGCUUUCCAAGCUUCUUCAUUGUAUCCAGUGUUGGAAAAUGGGUCAUUACUGCCAGAAGGUGGAUUCCUAGUGGGACAUGAUACUCAUUGA